AUGACGGACCAAAACUGUUUGGAUAUCAUUCAGAAGAUUUUUCAAGAGGCUCCAAGCGCCAGGAAAGCUCUCCUUGAUAACCACAGCAACCUUCAGAAGGUGGCCGAAUACUGUGAACACAAUUAUCUUCAGGCAGAGGACCCAGGAAACGCAGUGGAGGAGUCAAAGGCUUUCACUAACCAGGCGCUGGCCAGCGUCACAUACCAGAUCAACACGCUGGCCACUUAUGUACUGAGGCUACUGGAUGCUCAGACCAAUCAGAUAAAAGACAUGGAGUCCUCUGUCAACCUGCUGAGCAUGGCUGUAGCCAUGCAUCAGGAGAAAGUCGAAAGGAGACAGAUUGGGCUGUUGACCACAGAUUCAAAGGUACCGCGUGCUGCCAAAAUGGCCCCCCCAGCAAACACCCAGGAGCCCGAGCCAGUGUAUGUUCGCAAGCCCAUUUCAUACACAAUCCUCGACACGCUAGGACAUGGCUUUUGGGAGAGCAGAAAAACUGUCGUCGCCGAGAAACAGCCUGAAAACACAGACACCAGCACUGAAAAACAAAGCGCACAAGAGACAGCCAGCUCAUUUGGGUCCAGUACGGGCAUUGCGGUACCCCCUCCAACAGUGCCAAACUGGGCUGGUACUAAUCUCACAGCCUCUGCCGCUCCUCCGCCUCCAGAGACAAUUGAUUCUUCAUUGCCUCCCCCUUUGGACACUUCAGUUCCACCUCCACCUCCUCUAAGCACCUCUGUGAAUGCUGUUCCUCCCCCACCCCCUCCUCCAAAUGCCUCUUUGAGUGAUCUCUCUCCACCUCCACCUCCACCUCCACCUCCUCCAAAUGCCUCCAUGAGUGUUGUUCCUCCACCUCCGCUAGACCACUCCAUGAGUGUUGCUCCUCCGCCUCCACCUUAUGGAGGUGCCUUUCCCCCACCACCCGUACCUACACUAAAUACUGGAGGGACUAACCUUUCACCUCCACCCCCACCCCCACCCCCACCUCCACCACCUAUGAAAUAG